UCAAAACGAUUUUGCAACGGCAGAGUAAGCAUCGAUAAGAGUAAAUUGGAGUUGAAGCGUAUUUCGUGUGAUAUAUUAAAAGAAAUCUUGACUUCCUUGUGUUAUAUGUUUUAUAUUUGUUUAAACUUUAAUUAAUCAACUCACAAAAGCUAUAUAUAAAUUUUAUAUAGAUCUAUAAAAUUUAAGUUAAACGGAAUUAGUAAAUAAAACUGGUCGAAAUGAGUGCAAUUAUUGGAGUAACAAAAAUUAACAUCGACGAGAACGAUGCAGAAAAAUACAACAAAACUAAAAAGGCUCAAUCAGCAGUCGCUGAUAACUUGAAGCGCGCUGCAUUGGGUGAUUUGCAAAAUCGUGCGGUGUUGCGUCCCACUUCUGGAAAGGAUGCUGUACAAAAAAGUACGGCGAACGCUAAGCUACAGGGUGCCUUGCGCGGUACGAAAGCACGUGUUGAUAGUAAUUGGAAGAAAACAACAUUGACCAGUUCUACAACCAACGUGGCUCAAUUGGAGAAUAAUAAUGCGAUAACCCAAGCCAUACAACGCAGAGUUGUAACUCGUUCAAGUUCUGUGCGCGUGAACACCAAUGUUCCUGUCGAGCAAAAACCUAAGACGUUGCCCACAAAGGCGGUAGAAAAUAAACAAGCAAAGUUGGAAGUUGCCAAAGUAAGAACCACAAAGGUUGUUGAAAAAGCCCAAUUAGUUUCCAUUUUGCCUAAAUUACGUAGGGAAGAUAGUCAGUUAUCGCAAAUAUCACUGAAUAAAAUAAAAGCUGCCAUUUUGCGUGAUGCAAACAAGGUAAUGAACCAGAAUUGUAAACCCACAGCUACAGCUAAAGUAAACGCACAACCAGCAAAAACUGAAGUAGAAAAUGCCGUUGUUAAUAACACCGCUAAAGAGGUCAAGGAGAAAGAGGAAAUGCCUUUGCAAGACCCCAUAUUAUUUAAACCUUUAUCGCAUUCCACAAAACUAUUAAGUGAUGUCGAAGAUAUAGAUGCAGACGAUACCAAUACCUUGAUACUUCUCUCAGAAUAUGUUAACGACAUAUAUGAUUAUCUGUAUAGUUUAGAAAUCGAACUCCCUAUAGCAAAAUAUCAUCUUGAAGGCCAGGAGGAGGUUUCUCCCAAAAUGCGUGGAGUACUUGUAGAUUGGAUAAAUGAAGUACAUUUGCAAUUCCAUCUGGUACCUGAAACAUUCCAAAUGACAGUAGCUAUCAUUGAUCGUUAUUUGCAAAAUGUUAAGGAUACGAAACGUUCACAAUUGCAACUUGUUGGAGUAACAGCCUUGUUCAUUGCUACCAAAUAUGAGGAACUGUAUCCUCCUGCUUUAAGUGAUUUUGUAUAUAUUACCGAUGAUACGUAUAAUGCUAAGCAGAUUUUACAAAUGGAAUUAAAAGUUUUCAAAGCAAUCGAUUGCAAUUUAUCACGGCCAUUGCCAAUACAUUUCUUACGUCGCUAUUCAAAAGCUGCCAAAGCUGAAGACAGUCAUCAUACAAUGGCUAAAUAUUUUUUGGAACUAAUUUUGAUUGAGUAUGAAAUGGCAUCCUACAAGCCAUCGGAGAUUGCUGCAGCAGCGUUAUUUUUGGCGCUGCAUUUGCUGAAUGGAAAUCCAGAAGAAGCAACUGGUUUCGAUGACUCACACUGGACUCCUACAUUGGUCCAUUACUCACGUUUAAAUGCAAUUGAUUUACAUUCGGUAACUAGAAAAGUCGCUGCUAUUGCACGAAGAGCUCCAAAUAUAAAAUUAAAGGCUGUUUACACCAAAUACCAAUCAUCAAAAUUCGACAGAAUGUCGCUACGUACUGAGCUCUACAGUCCAUUGAUAGACUCCAUCAUUUGCAGCGAUUGAGAUCUUUUUCUAAACUAUCUUAUUACUCUUUACUCUUUAAUUUAGCACAAUUCGUUAUUUUAUUUUUCAUAUAUGUAUUUUAAUUUACUACAUUUCAUCCUUAAUUUUAUAUAGUUUAUGCCUUGUUAUAUUUUGUUAGUUUAAUAUUAGAAUAUUUAACUUAACAACAAGUGCUGAAAGAUUACACCAGAAAGAGGAGAAGGAUGAAGGAUCAAAUGCGACGUGACA